AUGGCUUACCAGUUCUUUAAAGACAGACCGUCUGGUCCUGCUAAUAGUACUACUCCUACUCCUAUUGCAUCUCCUCCUCCAUAUCAGACUCGUCCGUCUAUUCAUCCUCCUCGACUUCAGCCACCUCCCGCGGCUGCGACCAGACCAAACCAGGCCCUCCAAGACGAGUACACGCCAUAUCCGCAUGCGAUUUCUAUGGGCUAUGCCACCCCUCACCCUCAGGUCACGAUAGAAACGGUGGGAACAGGACAUAUCCCGUCCCUGGUGCGUAUCACUGGGCUGCUCCUGCCAAUACGUUACCCAAACUCCUUCUAUACGGCCACCAUCACGGACCCUGUCAUCGCGUCUCUGUCACGCGUCGCAAUCUACCAUGACCACCCAGUCGCCGCUGUACCGGAGUCUGGCACCUCUGUGGGAUCAGAUAAAGUGAUCGGGGGUAUUCGUUGUCGCCUAGAGAAGCCAGAUCCGCCACGAGGAACACAAGAUGAAUCGACAAACCUCUACAUUCAGACUCUUCAUCUGCUCUCGCCUUACCGUGGUCAAGGUGUGGCCGCAGCACUAUUGAAUGCACUGCUAUUCGAAACACCGCCGAAAUCUAAAUCACGCGGCCGGGUUUCUGAAAUAGUCAAGCAUUACAAUAUACGGUCUGUGACUGCCCAUGUCCACGAAGCGAACGAGGAUGGACUCGCGUGGUAUGUUGCGCGUGGGUUCAAGAUCCAAGAUGGCAUUGUGGAAGGGUACUAUCGACGACUGAAACCCUCCGGUGCGAGAAUUGUCCGUCUGGAUUUACCCUACGAUGAUGCGCAGGAGAACCCCGAGCGUAAGGAAGUUCCGAAAAGCUCACCCCAAGAUGACGACUGGGAGAAGGUCGAAGCGGAGGAUGGAGAAGAGGGCGAUCAUGGCGUUCAGCUUCUAGGUGAUUCGCACGAGGAAACACCUUCGAGAAAGCGCAAGGCUGUGGAUGAGAAGGGGAUCCAGGCUCAGCGCAGGUGA